CCAGCUCCUCCCUGUGUGUGUCUCUAGGCUGGGGACCGGCUGAGGCGCAGGCAGCCCGGGCUGCCGCCUUUGCCUUGCUCCCGCUCUCCUCCUCCCUGGGCUCCCCGCCUGCGGCCUCCCCACACUGACAUGCCCCAGCAGCAGCAGCAGCAGCCCUAGCCCCGCCUGCGGCCCCUUCCCCCGGCUCUCCGCGUCCUCCCGGAGGAGGCGAAGGCGCUCGGCUCGGGGGCUGUCAUCGCGCCUCCCCGAUGGGCAGCCUGCUGAGCGGGGUCAGUGUCAAGGAGCCCGCCACGGUGGAGGACUGCGACUCCACCUGGGGGACGGACUCCGAGCCCGAGCCGCAGGACCCAGGCGGGGACCAGCAGCAGGAGGCGGUCGGCGGGGAAGAGCCGGCCCCGGAGCCGCCGUCCCCUCUCCCUGCCGCAAGCGGCCGGCCCGAGGAGAUCCGGCAGGAAGGGGAAGAGGUGGAGGGGGGCCGAGAAGAAGCAGCAGCAGCCCCCGGCCCUGAGCAGAAUGAUGAUACAACUGAACUGACAACAAAACCAAAGAGGAGCUUUUAUGCAGCAAGAGACUUGUACAAGUAUCGACACCAGUAUCCACAGAACUUUAAAGAUCUCCGGUAUCAAAAUGACUUGUGCAAUCUCCGAUUUUAUAAGAAUAAAAUUCCCUUUAAACCUGAUGGAGUUUACAUUGAAGAAGUCCUGAAUAAAUGGAAGGGAGACUAUGAAAAAUUGGAACAUAAUCAUACUUAUAUACAGUGGCUUUUUCCACUUCGAGAACAAGGUUUGAAUUUCUAUGCUAAAGAAUUAACUACAUAUGAAAUAGAGGAAUUCAAGAAAACAAAAGAAGCAAUUAGAAGAUUCCUGUUGGCUUAUAAAAUGAUGUUGGAGUUUUUUGGAAUAAAACUAAUUGAUAAAACAGGAAAUGUAGCUCGAGCUGCUAAUUGUCAAGAAAGAUUUCAACAUUUGAAUGAGUCCCAACACAACUACUUAAGAAUCACUCGCAUUCUGAAAAGUCUUGGUGAGCUUGGAUAUGAGAGUUUCAAAUCUCCUCUUGUAAAAUUUAUUCUCCAUGAAGCUCUUGUGGAAGACACAAUUCCCAACAUUAAGCAAAGUGCUUUGGAAUAUUUUGUAUACACCAUUAGAGACAGAAGAGAAAGGAGAAAGCUCCUGCGAUUUGCCCAGCAACAUUACACACCUUCAGAGCAUUUCAUCUGGGGACCACCAAGAAAACAGAAGUUGGAGGGAAACAAAACAGGUAAAAAGCCAACAUCCCCAGUUUCUUCUCACAACAGUUACAUUUCUAAACAUAAGAAGUGGAGAGAUUCCAAGAAUACAUCCAUAACUGGUAGCUCAAGUAGCAAAACAGCUGAAGAAAAAAAGGUAGAACUCUCAAGACAUGGAGAAGAAAAUGAACAGUUUGGAACAGAAACUAACUGUGAAGCUGCUAGGCAGAGCAACAGUGAAAAGAACAGUGAUACUGAAAGUCAAAAUUCCAAAUCAGAGGAAGUUCUCAAUUUGUCAGACAAAAAGGAAAAUAUUCCUCAUUCCAAAAAAGAUACGGGAAAAGAUGGCGAAAAUCUGAGCCAAGAUUGUGGAAAUCCAACAGUUGUAGAGAGAGAGCCAUGUGACAGUGAGAACUGUUCAAAUAAUGUAUCUGCAGACGUGCAAGACAACCUCGGUAAGGAUAAACCUCCAGUGGAAUCCACCAUAAAGAACAAAGAUGAGAUAAAAUCAUGAGUCCAAAUUUAAAACUAGUUAUGUUUCAAACUGAAUGAAACAAAUUAUUCAUUGUUCUUUCAUUUUGGAUGAUAUUCACAUCUAGUGUAAUAUAAGGAAGAUCAUGGGACCAGGCUGGAUAUGAGAGCAUCAGAUUAAGCUUCUUAGGGGUUGAUUUUUUUUUUAACUCAGUUUAUAGGGCACAAUCCAAAAUGUGUAUAUGCUAUUUAAAAUAUGUAUAUGCUAAUUUGAAACAACUAUAUAGGAUUAAAUUCCAUACAUUCCCCUUUUCAGCUAGGUUACAGUCCACAUAGAAAGGAAUGCCAUUCAUUUCUGAUCUCACUUUGUUCAUCUAUUUUUUAAAAAAUUAGAAUGUUAGAAUUUUGGUGUGUUAAGAUUUGCAGGAAAAGACUGCAAUAUUGAUUGCCUUUUUCAAGAUGAUUCUGCAAAUUACUUUUAAGGGCCCAGGCCUUUCACUUCGUUUUGAAGUCAGUGGAAGUCCUGCAUGAUAUCCAAGGGCAGAAUUAGGUACAAAGGCUUUAAUCUUAAAUGAGCAUUUUUGGCUGAGACUUUCUGAACUGGAUAUCAAAAUGUUCCAUUUUGUGAAGCAUCAUUCUAAAUUAAGUGGAAGUGUAACUCAUGAUUAAACUGUACAAAAGCUUUAUAUGUACAGUCCUUGUCACAGUUGCAGGGUGAGCUGUGCUUUAGAUCUCUUUAAAUGUCUUUCCAGUGUGUCCCUCUGGUGACAGGUUUUGCUUCUCCCAUCUACUAUAUAAAAAAGAAAAUAAAUCUGGUUCUGAAUUUUCAGUUGUUGGGCUCAGGAUUCUUGGGAUGUAAAUCCAAAAAGUUUAUAGUUGCAGAAAUAUAUUCUGUCAUUGUGACACUACUUGCACAUGCAAUAAUGGCUAUCCAUCCAUAUUUAGGCACCUAAAAUAAAAAUGGCCUGAUUUUUACAGAAAGUGCUGAGAACCUGAGAAUUAUCUCUGAAAAGACAGUAAAAAUUUACGUGGUUAAAUACAGAUUUAACUGCCUAAUUAUAAGCACCUAAGAUUGAGCAUUUUAGUCAGGUCUCAUAAAGAUGAAAUGCAAUGAGAUAUUAAUUUCCCACAAAGUGUCAUGCUACAGAAAAACUAAUAUCUUUGUGCCUAAUAGCACUCCUGGGUUCCAUAAUUUUUGUUUUGUAACUUCACCAAUAGAACAAUUCCUACAUGGGCACUUCAACAUUUAACUAAUAAAUGCCAUUAUAUGUAAAAUAUUAUGGUAUGUCAUAAUUUUCCUGAAGGAAGGUGGUAAAAGUAAAUAUUAUAAUGGUGGUGUGCAUUGUACAUCUUAGGCAGAGGAAAACUCCUUUUUUCAAUUUUUGUAAAAAUUCCAAUUGUUUCAUGCUGUGACAAUAGACCACUAUUUAUAAGGCUGUUUUUGUCUCAAAGAAGUAUUUUAAUAUUUAACUUUAGUCUAUGUAUAUGCUGUGGAAGAACACCAAAAUUCGUUCCCCUAUUUUGGAAGCAGUUAAAGAAUAAUUGAGCUCAAGCCCCAAUCCUGCAAUGUGGAGCCCCCUUAAAAUCUGUGGGGAUUCAAGUGGAUGCAGGGGUCCACUUGCAUGCAUCUGCAUCGUAUUGAAAGAUCAGGGCCUUAGGGCUUGCCUAUACAGAGAGUUAAGAUAUGUCUACACUACAGAAUUAUGUUGACCUAAGUUACAUCAGUUGUACAGCCACCUCAGUAAUUAAAUUGCUUUUGCACAUCCACACUAUGCUCCUUGUGUCGGCGGUGCACAUCCUUGCCUGGAGAACUUGCACUGAUUUAACUGUCAGAGUGGGGUAUUGUGGGACAGCUUCUGAAAGGCAGCAACAGUCGAUGUAAGCAACACAGUGUCUGCACUGAAACUGCGUGGACAUAACUACAUCAACCUAAGCACUACACCUCUUGCGGAGGUGGAGUUGUUAAGUCGGCAUAGCGUGCAAGUUACAUCUAUGGGAGUAAUAUUUUAGUGUAGACACUUACAGUUAGGUCAAUGUAGAGCUGUCUUGCAUCAAUCUAAUUCUGUAGGGUAGACCAGGGUGAAAUCUGCUGCGUGUUAAGUUGCCAUGUGGACCCUGCUGCCAUUCUCUAGAAGUUCCAUAGUGCGCUUGACUUCAUCUGUUUCAAAUAUGUGCUUUACAUUCACACCCUGGCUUGCCAUGCAUUAAGUCUCUGUGGGCAUAAGCCCAUAGUCUGUAAAAGCACCUGCAGGACUAAAGGGCAAUUCAUGUUGAAAUUAUUGAAAAUGAUUGUGUAUUCAUAAAUGUAAGCAGUUAGUUAUUCACCAGUUAUUUCAAAAUCCAAGGAUGUACAAAACAAACUAUAAUAUUUACAGGUUAUUUUUAACUUACUUUAGUCUUAAAUGCUUGGGACUUUUGUGUGUGCUUAGUACAGUAACUUGCUUCUGCCCAGUAGUUAAGGGGAGUUUGAUCAAUUCAUAUAUAGAUUAAAGCGUCUUUCCCAUUUAGGGGUCUAUUUUCUAUUAAAUAGAUAUGUAUAACUCCAAAUAAUGUAACUAGGAAUUAUAUGCAUACAUAGACAGGUGGGAAUUUGAUUUAUACCAUAGUAUUUUAUUCAAAUAUCAAAUGAAGGGGCAUACCAGUGUGUAACUUGACAAACUUUCUACUGGGUACGCAUGUGCAAGUGUAGUAGUUUAUUUGACAAGUUCUGCAGAUAUGCUUCUCUUUGUAUUUGAAAUUGGAGUUAUAGCUCACCUCCCCGCCAUACUGAACCAAAUCCUGCCUCAAUACAUGGAAACUCUUUGACACGGAACCUAUAAAAACUACUACCCAUUAAACAGAAAUGCAGCAAUAAAUGUGCAUGUCUGGGAGCAAAACAGUGUCGAUAUUUCUGGUAAUUAACAAACUUAUCCUCAAGGUUGCUGAGUACUUGCAACUCCUCAUUGAAGCCACUGAGGGUUAGGCUUGCUCAGUUCCUCUCAGGAUCAGACUCUAAGAUUCCAAGGAACCUAGGUACUAGGAGUUUGUAUAAUAUUAAUUUAUAUUUCAUGUUACCGAGAUAUAAUCCUGCUUGAAUUAUUAUUCUAGGGUAAUUCUAAUAAUGUACAGUUGCAUAUACCUGUACCAUACAUAGAAAGUUUACGUCUGUGGUAUAAUUUUGAUGGAUGAUCCAAUAAGAUAAGUCAAAUGAGGUAUAGUAGAUUUAAAUGGAAAACAAGUCUUGUUUCUUUUUAAAUAAAGUUUAUUUAUAUCUGCUUAACUAAA